AUGGUCAUUGUUACACAGGCCCACCAAGUGCGUGCAGGUGCAGCAGGCGGCAGAGAAGGCACACGGUGCUCAGGCAACCCCAGGUCGCAUGACGACGCCUGGUUACCGUUUCUGGGAGCCGCUGCUGCGCACGUAUCUCGCCGGACCGUGUGUGAUGUGAGGGAGGAUGUAGAAGAUGUGCGGCUGCACAGUGAUGUGGUGCGAGUCCGAGCUGUAGUGAUGACCCGCGAUGACUCCAGUGGGGGCUGGGUGCCGCUGGGAGGGCCCGGCCUCAGUCACGUUGUGAUCCGCCGGAUCCCGCACUCCGACGAGAGCGGCCAGCUCCGCUUCCUGAUCCGGGGAGAGCGGAUCCGGGAUCAGACGAUCAUCCUGGAAUGUGGCUUAAAGAAAGACCUGGUUUACAACAAGGUGAAUCCCAUCUUCCACCAUUGGAAAGUCAACGACCUGAAGUUUGGCCUCACCUUCCAGAGUCCAGCCGAUGCCAUCAGCUUUGAGAAGAGCAUUAAGAGCACCAUCGAGGAACUGCUGGAAGAUGCUGGCAUUUCCUGGGCUCAGUCACAGCCCACCUUCAGCUGGGAGCUCUGGUGCUCAGUGACAGUCCCGAGCCAGCCGCUGCAGGGCAGCAGCUCGAGAGCGGAGGAUGAGGGGGAGAACGCUAGGCCGUGCAGAGACCCCGGGCCGGCGAAGGGUUACGAGGAUUAUCGGAGAGCGGCGCUGGGCGGCCGAGAGGCCGGCAAGGUGGACCUGUGCGUGCACUUCGCGAAAGGUGAGGGGCGGGCAGCGGGGAGCCCGCGAUCGGAGUGCCAGCUGAAGGAGGCGAAAGGCUCACCGGCCUGUCACAUCGACACGGUCCCCACGAGCGGCCUGAAGAAGGGCAAUGGAGAUGGAGGUGGAGGUGGAGGAGGGCCCAGCGCAGCGGGCGAUGAGGACGCGGCUCCUUCCCGCUGUAUUUACUGCCGGGACGUGUUCCAGGAGAACGGGCCUGGGAGUUGCCGGGAUGCCCCGGAUCCAGCAGAUCGGUGUGUCCGGCAGCUCAGCUGCAUGUGGUGUGCGGAGUCCAUGCUGUACCACUGUAUGUCUGACUCUGAGGGCAAUUACUCUGACCCCUGCACGUGCGAGGCAGGUAGCCGUCACCAUCUGUGUGCCCGCUGGCUGGCGCUCCUCGCCCUGUCCACUGUCGCCCCCUGUAUGUGCUGUUACCUACCCCUCAGGGCCUGCCAUCACUGCGGGCAACGCUGGGGAUGCUGUGGGGGCAAGCACAAGGCGGUGCGGUGAAUGGCCUCAGCCCCUCCACCCAACCCCUCCACCAAGUGACACCAUCACCCUCGUCACCCGCUCCCUACUCACCCCUCAUCCUCAGCCCUCACCUCUCAAUACCCUCCCCACCACGGUGUCACCCCCAAUGAUCACUCUCUUCCCAUCCCCACCUCACGAUUUCCCCCUCACUCCAUCCCCCUCAGACCCUUCCCCUCGUUCGAUUACCCUUGCAUCCUCACCACAUACCCACACUCCCUUAGCCUCACCCUCACUCCCUCAUCAUCACCACCCCCACCCAGCUCAGAGCGUUGGCAGGGGACUACGGCAGCAGUGGGGA